UCCGCUUCUCUGCGAGGCUCGGACCGCGGAUAACGAAAAUCACCGAGUGUGUAGCGUUUAAACGCGACGCAGCGAGGAACGAAGAGGUGGGGGGGAGAAAGAGCGAACACAGAGAGGCAGAGAAAAACAUGUCUGAACCCAAGUACCGCGAGUGGAUUUUGGACACUAUCGACUCGCUGCGGUCUCGAAAAGCCCGGCCGGACUUGGAGAGGAUUUGCCGAAUGGUCCGGAGACGGCACGGGUCCGAGCCCGACCGAACCUGCGCAGAAUUGGAGAAACUGAUUCAGGAGCAAACCGUGCUGAAAGUUAACUACAAGGGCUCCAUUUCGUAUCGGAACGCCGCCAAGGUUCAGCGGAGGAGCAGAAAGAAGGACGAUGUGUCGCUAACGACGGCGGCGCGGAGGAGCGCGGCGGUGGAAGAAGCCAGUCACUCGGACUUGAGCAACGGGGACAGCGCUUUCGGUGCCGCCGACCCGGACGAGGAGGAUUUGGAGGGGGACACUUCAAUGACUAUGGACACAGACAGUAAUCCUGAUGAGGAGGGGGCUGAGGAGAGCCGGGACGGGCAGGACAGACCCUCUCCCAGCCACACGCAUGGGGACGCCUCUGUGCGAGCCGUCUCUGCACCUUGCUCUCCCUCUGGCGCUCGGCCCAGCCCCAGCUGCAGCUCUGGCUCCGCUCUGGACUGUGCCUCUUCCCAGAAGGCCGGUGGGAGGCCCAACUCCUUGCCCCCCUCCAGCCCCAGGGCCCUUCCACACAAUGACUGGGCUUAUGAUUCUGCUGUAAGCCCAGUGGAGCGCCAGCACCCAGGAAUGCAGCGAGACAAAGCCGUAGACACGAAGCCAGUAAUCCACUCUCGAGCUCCGAGCCCGUGCGCUUUAAACAACGUGAAGAAAGAAGAUGAGCUCAAGGUGGAGGACAGCAGCCUCUCGUCCGACCAGUUGGUACCGGACUCCGCAGCGAGACUGCAGGAUGAAGUCAAGAAUUUCUCUGAUGGAAGACAGCAAACGCCAUCUGUGCCACCUGACAACUGCACAUUUAAGAAGAUCGAUGUGUCUUACCCAGCAAGUGAUGAGCGCACUCUUCUAAACGGUGAUAAAGGAGAUGAAAUUUCAGUGAAGAAGGAGAAUAUUCACCAGAACCUGUUGCAGUGGAGCGUGGCGGACGUGGCCAGUUACUUUUCUGCUGCAGGAUUCCCAGAGCAAGCUGUGGCGUUUCGAACACAGGAAAUCGAUGGGAAGUCCCUCCUCCUGAUGCAGCGCAGCGACGUGUUGACCGGCCUGUCUAUCCGACUCGGCCCCGCCCUCAAAAUCUACGAGCGUCACGUCAAAGUGCUGCAGAGGACCCACUUCCUGGAAUGCAAAGACAUCUGAAGGGCUGAUCAGCACAGCAGACAUAUUGACUCGAACAUGCAUGCAAUCCCUCUCCCAUUUGGAUUUCACCGCCUACCUUCAUAUGCAUCAUAUGUAGAGGGUGUGUGGAGGGAGGGACAAGAUGCGGUGGAAUCCACCUUCACUGUGAGAACGACCAGAAACUGAAAGACUGUCAUCCUACCUCUCAUUGUGGUCUCUGGUUUUCAAAUGGUUUCCAUUUCACCCCUGUGGCACCGUGGUGGAGAGAAUUCACCGCUGCGGGUAAAGUACGUUUAACCUGAGCAGCCACUCGUGCACCAAGUGGACCAGCACAGCUACGACUGAGUAGUCCUGGAGUGCGUCGUUGUCACAGGUUGGGAUGUCCUACCACUAACGUUCUGUUAGUUCAGAAGC